GACAGAGGCUGACAAAGUAUGGUGGAAGAAUCUAGAAGGCGACGACCGUCCGUUCGUUGUGUUCGGCGACAUGGCAGACUUCAAGCCGCCGCAGAGACGAGACGUGCUGAGGGCUGUCAAAGCAGAGAAGACUGUGCCUAAAAAGUGGACCGAAUACGUUCUCCACGACAUGGCGGUUAAAGCAGAAUGUCCUCACGCCAAGACCAUAGCAGAGGAGUACGCUAAAGUAGUCCCACCACCACAGCCUAUAGAUAAGUGGGAAGGAGCUCAACUGGACAGACAAACAUCUAAACAAUGUAUCACCGGGCGUUUCUAAUCCAACCCCAAAAUCAACAAUCUUAGCUGCAAGAGAUUCCAUGGAGAUCGCCUCUACGACUCGAUUGCGUGAGAAACACAAACGCUCAUCUGAUCAUGGGAAAAUUGUUCUCAAUAUUGGAAAUAAAAUUGAUUCAAUGUUUGAAGAAUCGCGCGAAAGUUUCGAAGAAGAACAGAUUGAAGUAGAAAGCCCUGAGCCUAGAGCUAAAAACAGAUUAGGCAAAGAUGAAGAAGAAGAAGAUGAUAUAGGAGAUGAAUCGUUUUCAGUUCUGGGGAGCAUUCAUAACGACAGCUUACAAGUCAUCAACAACCAUGUACCGGACCAAGAUCAUCAGAUACACCAUGAGAAGAUAUGUCCAAUGGAGAAGUGUCAGAGGAUGCAAAUGGACGACUUCAUGAACAGCCUGCCCUCGUACAUGCGCGCCAGUCCUUUCACGCACUUUGAGCAAACGUAUGAAGACUACGAGGCGUGCACUCCAGAACAACUCGACAUCCUAAAACAUAGGAUAGAAGAGAAAAAGAAGAAGGAAAGAGUAACAAUAGAUGUCAUAGACGAGAACCCCCUAUCAUCAUGGACCCCCAGUGCCGCAGGGGUCGCUAUACAGACGUCCUAUGAUGGACUUACUCUGCCACCUUGCACGUGCGAUGACGUCCGGGAUGAGAGUUGUGAAAUAAAUCAAGUGUAUAACAACAUGAUAGUAGCAGAGUCAUGGAAAGCAAACUACCUCAUCUGGGUGCUACCAACAGUUCUACUCAUCGGUCUACUAUCCAUAUUCGGUGUGCUCGCGCUGUUCUUUGCUAUACGACUCUACGCUAAGCUGACGUGUGGCAGAUAUCGGGAGAAGACCAGGAUGGAUGGGAAAACUGUCAUCGUCACCGGCUGUACCAGUGGCAUUGGGAAGGAAACCGCCAAAGAACUGGCCAAAAGAGGCGCUAAAGUUAUCAUGGCUUGCCGUAGUUUGGACAAGGCUGAGAAAGUGAAAGAUGACAUCAUCAAAUCGACAAACAACCCUAACGUUGUUGUCAAAAAGCUGGAUCUAAGCUCAUUCGCAUCAAUCCGAUCUUUUGCUGAAGACAUCAACAAUACGGAGAAGACUUUAGACGUAUUGAUCCACAACGCGGGAUAUGCUGAGACCUUCAGAAAGGAGAAAUCUGAAGACGGAAUCGAAUUGACAAUGGCUACCAAUCACUACGGCCCAUUCUUGCUAACCCAUCUUUUAAUAGAUCUAUUGAAGAAGAACUCUCCAUCAAGAAUAGUAAUCGUAGCAUCUUCGUUAUACCGUUUCGCGUCAAUGGACCUGGAUAACCCAAAUCCCUUGACAACUUUACCAGGGUAUUUGUACUACAUGUCUAAAGAAGCGAACAUCUUAUUUACAAGGGAAUUAGCUAGGCGUUUAGAAGGUACUGGAGUGACUGCAAAUUGUCUGCAUCCAGGCAUGAUUGACAGUGGUAUUUGGAGGAACGUCCCAGCACCUUUGAGCUGGGGUCUAGCUCUGAUCAUCUUCUGUUUCUUCAAAACCCCUUUCCAAGGUUGCCAGACUUCUAUCAUGUUGGCAGUAGACGAUAAACUGUCGAAGGUGAACGGGAAAUAUUUUUCGGACUGUCAGGAAAGUUCUUUAUCUAGUUCUGCGAGUGACAUGGGUCGAGCUAGGAAGCUAUGGGAGAUAUCAGAGAAAAUGGUCAAACUAGAAGAGGGCGAUCCUAAAAUUACGGUUUAAAGAUGUAAGAUCAGUUACAAGUUUUGCUAUUUCCUGAAAAUCUUUUGCUUUAAGUAGAUAAAUAACUCGGAAGCGGAUACGUAUCUAAUGAGAGUUUUGUAUAUUUCAUGAAAGUACUUAUCUCGGACGUUUAGUUUUACAUUGGCAUUUAAGUUUAUACACUUACCAAUAUUUGUCAUUUUUUUAAAUAUAUUUACACUUUACCGCUAAAUUUUAUGGCAUAGCGUUAUAACUUUAUCCCCAUUAUGUUAAGGUGUAUAUCCCAUAAACACCAAGACUUGGAUCUAAUUAUAAUGAUCGUCUCAUUCUAGUUACUGACUAGUCUAUACUUAAUAUUACAGAGAUGAAAUUUAUAAGAUUGUAGGGGGUAAUCUCUGGAUCUACUGACUCAUUUAAGAAAAAUCUUAUACUAAUAG